AUGUUUUAACACUAUGGUUUAAAAACCUUCGGACUGUAUUUUACUGACACUGUACUGCACAGAGUUAUUCCAAUUACGCUGCAUUUGGAACAAAAAUGGCAGCAGCUCCCUUCCCCUACUUUUGGGUACGCAAAAUGCGCUCUUUCUUCGUCCUCUUUGACAGAGAUCUUGACGGAUUGGUCAACAAGAAGGAUUACGUCGACUGGAUUGCUGGAAGAGUGAGUCAAUUAAUACCCAAGGAGAAAGCGGAGGCAUACAUCCCACUGUGUUCGGCGGCUUGGGACUUCUACUGGGCCGACAAGGCGGUCAAUGACAACGUCAACAUAGAUGAUAUGAUUCAAACCCACUCUCGCUUUCUCAGUGAUCCGAACUUCCACGAGACGGCGGAACAAUGCUUCUCUGCGUUCUUCGACUCUGUGGACGCCAAUAGUGACGGGAUGAUUUCCCUAUCAGAGUACACUGCUUUUCUUGAGUGUUACGGCGUGCACCCCCUAUCGGUGACUCCAUCUUUUGAGGCACUGGACACCAAUCACGAUGGGAUGAUCAGCAAGGAAGAGUUCGUCAAAGCUGGUACUGACUAUUUCCAAGUAACUGCAGACACACCUGCAAAACUUUUCUGGGGUCCUUUCCGUGGUUGAGGUUGUGGUCAAGGUCAGUUGAUCACGUGGCCAGUGACAGUUGCAAUCACACUGCUUUGGGCUGAGGAAGGGGAAAGUAUAUUGUUCAUCAAAGUAUAAUUAUUAUCGUUGAUGAUAUUUAUACUGUAUCGCUUUUGGUGUAUCAGAAAUAAGUGUGCCAGGAUCCAUUUGUACGCGAGACGUUGUCAUUAGCACCGACGUUUCCAUCCUUGAUAUUUUUUCAUAAUUUUUAUGUAGCUUGGACAUGAUAUUCUGGGCAUCCUCCCUGCCUUUACAGGUGUACAUCUACAUUGCGCCGAAAAUGAGUAUCUUCACAAUAGCCCAUAGUAAUAUAUGACUAGAACAUCGUGAAUUCGGUGACAAGGAUACUGAAUAAUAACAAAAAAACAUUUAUGCCGAAUCCAUUCUGUUUAACCGCUGUUAUCAUAUUCGAAUUUUAAUUAA